AUGCCGACUGUCAGCGUGAAGCCUGACCUGCUCUUCAAAGCUUUGGGCCGGACCUACACUGACGAAGAAUUUGAUGAACUAUGUUUUGAAUUUGGCCUGGAACUUGAUGAAAUCACUUCUGAGAAGGAAAUUAUAAGUAAAGAACAAGGUAUUGAAAAGGCAGAGGGGGCAUCUACUGUCGUUCUUUAUAAAAUUGAUGUCCCUGCCAAUAGAUGUGAUCUCCCGUGUCUGGAGGGAUUGGUUCGAGGACUUCAAGUCUUUAAAGAAAGGAUAAAGGCUCCAGUAUAUAAACGGGUAAUGCCGAAUGGAGAAAUCCAGAAAUCGAUCAUCACAGAAGAGACAGCUAAAAUACGCCCUUACGCCGUCGCAGCAGUUCUCCGAAAUAUCAAGUUUACUAAAGAUCGCUAUGACAGCUUCAUUGAACUUCAAGAGAAGCCGCAUCAGAACAUUUGCAGGAAAAGAGCAUUGGUUGCUAUCGGUACCCAUGUGGGCACUUUGUCAGGCCCAUUUACUUUUACUGCGAAGCGACCUUCGGAUAUCAAAUUCGAACCUCUAAAUAAGACAAAGAAGUGUACAGCCUGUGAACUGAUGAACAUAUACAAGACUGACCACCACCUUAAACAUUACUUACAUAUCAGUGAAAAUAAACCUCUGUACCCAGUUAUCUACGAUAGCAAUGGUGUCGUCCUCUCAAUGCCUCCAAUCAUCGAUGGAAAUCAUUCCAAAAUAACAGUAAAUACUAGACAUGUAUUUAUCGAAUGCACAGGAACUGACUUUACUAAGGCAAAAAUAGUUCUUGAUAUUAUUGCCACCAUGUUCAGUGAAUAUUGUGAGAAUCAGUUUACGGUUGAAGCAGCUGAGGUGGUUUUUCCUAAUGGAAAAUCAUACACCUUUCCAGAACUGGCUUGCCGAAAGGAGAUGGUGAGAGCUGACCUAAUUAACAAAAAGGUUGGAAUCAGAGAAACUCCGGAAAAUCUUGCUAAGCUUCUGACCAGGAUGUACUUAAAGUCAGAAGUCACUGGCGAUGGGAAUCAGAUUGAGACUGAAAUCCCUCCGACCAGAGCAGACGUUUUCCAUGCAUGUGAUGUUAUAGAAGAUGCAGCUAUUGCCUAUGGAUAUAACAACAUUCAGAUGGCUCUCCCGAAAACAUACACCGUAGCUAAUCAAUUUCCCCUUAAUAAGCUCACGGAACUUCUAAGACAUGACAUGGCAGCUGCCUUCUUCACCGAAGCACUUACAUUUGCUCUGUGCUCCCAGGAAGAUAUUGCUGACAAACUUGGUUUGGACGUCUCUGCCACAAAGGCAGUCCAUAUAAGUAAUCCUAAAACAGCUGAGUUUCAGGUGGUGCGCACUACCCUUCUUCCUGGCCUCCUAAAGACCAUAGCAGUGAAUCGGAAGAUGCCUCUUCCUCUUAAACUGUUUGAAAUCUCUGACAUUGUAGUAAAAGAUUCUAGCAGAGAUGUAGGUGCAAGAAACUACACUGUUGACUACAACAAGAAUCCUGGGUUUGAGAUCAUCCAUGGGCUGCGGGGCAGAAUCAUGCAGCUGCUGGGCGUGCCUCCCGGAGAAAAGCAGGCGGGAUAUGUAAGAGCAUCCGAAGGCCCUGCUUUCUCCCCUGGGCGGUGUGCUGAGAUCUUUGCCGGGGGCCAGAGUGUUGGGAAGCUGGGUGUCCUGCAUCCUGAUGUCAUCACCAAGUUUGAACUGACCAUGCCCUGCUCCUCCCUGGAAAUCAACACUGAGCCCUUUCUGUGAAGAUGGGUCUCUGCCGUGUGGUUCUCUCUCCCAGUGUCCCUUUCUCCUCCCCGGCGUCCUUUAGUUGUUAAAUAGACAGAAAGCACAGUCUCCUCGUGGGUAAAUCCCGCACAUUCCCCGCAUCAGGCCAGCUCGUGUGAAAACGAACGUGCUGUUUGGGAGAGUCCAGUAUGCCCGCGGGAUG